AUCCACGCCCAUUCUGUACAACGUUGUAUUAGGCAGGAUACCAUUAGGCACUCUGGUGAGUGCGGUUCGAAGAAAGUGGAGAACUGAGAAAGAAAGAGGGAGCGAUUGGGAUGCUACAAUAACAGACAGAUAUACAACGAGAGGACACGACACAGCGUGUUUGUUGGGCUACACGGAGAGAGGAGAAAAUAGCCGAACGGAGAGAGAAGAGAGCGAGUGGCGGUCUGGGUUUGGCAACCGGCUUGUUCUUAGUUCCCUCGAGCCAGCUGCAGCAGGCAGCACCGUGCAAAAUGCGCUAUUUAAGGUUCUUCAUUCCUGCGUUCGGUUCGACAAUGGACUCGUUCUGCAACUGAGCCUGCCAACCUUGCAGCACACCGCGGACGGUAACCUACCCAUUUGAGGGAACGCUUACUGCAACAUGCAGUAAAAAGAACACACUGAGAUGUUUUUUCAAAAGAUACAGUGAAGGGGGAUCCCCACCGCCGUUAUUCUCUUUCUACAUACCGGUUUUGGAUUAGAAAUCCGGGAUUAUAAGAAGUUCGGUCGGGAUGGGGAAGGAACAAGAACUACUAGAAGCGGCCCGGACCGGGAAUGUGGUCCUGGUGGAGAAAUUACUGAGUGGGAAAAGGGGAAUCCUGGGGACAGCCUCGGGCUCCAUACCUCUGCCAAACCUACUGAGCAUGUGGAGAGGCUUGAAUGUGAACUGUGCAGACAGUUCAGGGUACACACCCCUCCACCACGCAUCACUGAACGGACACAGGGACGUGGUGUUGAAGUUGCUCCAGUUUGAAGCCUCCACCAAUGUGGCUGACAGUAAGGGCUGCUUCCCCUUGCACCUGGCCGCCUGGCGUGGAGACGUAGACAUCGUCCGUAUCCUCGUCCACCACGGGCCCUCACACUGCCGCGUCAACCAGCAGAACAAUGAGAGGGAGACGGCGCUGCACUGUGCGGCCCAGUACGGCCACUCUGAGGUGGUGUCCAUCCUACUGCAGGAGCUGACAGACCCCACCAUGAGGAACAGCCGCGACGAGACGCCCCUGGACCUGGCUGCACUCUACGGACGACUUCAGGUGGUCUGUAUGUUGGUGACCGCCCAACCAAACCUGAUGAGCAGCCACGACGGGACAAGGCGCCACACGCCCCUGCACCUGGCCGCCCGCAACGGGCACCACUCAGCCGUGCACACCCUGCUGGAGGCCGGCAUGGACGUCAACUCCCAGACGGAGAAUGGCAGCGCUCUCCACGAGGCAGCUCUUUAUGGGAAGAUGGAUGUGGUUCGUCUGCUGCUAGACUCAGGUAUUGAUGCCAACAUCACAGACUGCCAGGGAAGGACAGCUCUGGAGAUCCUCAGAGAACACCCCGCACAGAAGUCCCAGCAAAUCACUGCACUCAUGCAAGAAUAUAUGAUGGAGGAGAUGAUGGACAAUGAGAGUGUGUUGAUGGAGGAACCUAUUCGCCAGUGUCCUGUCCCCACACCUCGCACUUCUAUCCCCUCUCCCUCCGCCUCCCCCUCCCUCAGGCACAAAAAUGAUGCUGUGACAGGGGAGCUCUCCAAGCUGCUGAAUGAGAUGAAGAUGUGUCGGGACAGAGACUACUCCUUUGAGGAGCUCUGCCAGACCAUCUCAUCCCACUCUCAUUCCAUGGAGAGCUUUGGCAGCGGUCACCUAUCAGACGAGGAGCGACGCAGUAACGGCACCCUGAGCAGAGUCAGAAAGCGGCCCACUCCCCCACUUCCCCCGGCCCAGGAGGAAGAGGAGGGGGAGAAGAGCUGUGGCCCCGCUGGGUUCUGGGAGGCCCUCACACCCUGCAACGGUUGUCACAACCUGGGCUUCUCCAGCCUGUCACAGGACUCGAAGCGCUCGGCGGAGAUCGUACCAUCGCCCUCCCUUGACGUGUUCUUACCGGAGGAUGAGGACAAUCCGUAUGAGUCCGUCACCACCGCCGUGACCCGCAAGCCCUGCUCGCUGGACAUCAGCCUCUUCAACGCCUGCCCCCUCAACGGCCACUCUCCCCAGGUAACGGUGACUGAGCCGGAGCUGUGUAACCAUAGGAACAGCUCCUCACUGACGGGGCCUACUCCAGACUGCUCUCCCCCCUCCCCAGACACUGCCCUGAAGAGCAUUGACAGAGUCAUCCACCCACAGCCCAAACAGCGGACCUCCCUCUCCUCCUCCCUGGAUGUCCAGAACCAGAGGCCAGUCAACCACAGCUGUGAUCCCUCCGAGGUGAGCUCGUCCCUGGGCUACGCCAGCUUCAGCACCAGCCCCCCUGCCAGCCCGCCAGUCAGCCCCAACCAGGACUCACCUGGCUCCAACGACGACUGCCCCCCCACAGACGACGGGCCGUACCAGCAGAACCCUCCCCCCGCCCCUUCCAAUACACUCCUACUACCAGACGACCGACGACAGAGCCUCGUCCCUGUAGAGUUCGCCGGCCUCCUCCACGGCUCCUCGCCGGCCUGCGAGACGCCCGACACACCCUACCACCUCUACACCUCCAACACCAAUCCCAAAGCCCGAAAACACACCCCCUCGGACCCCCACACCAGCCCGGUAACCACGCUCGGUAACCAGGGCAACCUCACUUCGGUAACCCAGCCCUUUGAAUUAGGAAUUGGACUUCCACCGCCCCUCAUUAUCCCUCACACAGGAAACGAGGCGUUGGCUCUGAAGACCUCCAAAGACCCCAUCAAAGACGACAGACCCCCCAAACCUCAGGUAGUCUAUCGCACCAUUUUCCACACCCGGGUUAACCAGAACCCCCAGAGCGCCUCGCCCUCCUCCUCCUCGCCAUAUGGUUGGAACGGGGAGGCGGUGGUGGUGAGGGGGUGUGUGUCGGGAGCUGGCAGACCUAGGGAGGGGGCACCGGGGUCUGGGUACGAGGACAGGGCCUUUACCCUGGGCAGGAUGAGAUCCAUUCCUCGCAGUGUGCUGGACCUAAAGCUCUCCAAGUCACUGUCCAAGUCUGACUCCAACCUGGUGGCUGUGUCGCCCAUACAGGAGGAGUACCAUUGGGGGUCGGGGGCCAGGGGCCAGGGGCCGAGAGGAAGCCCAGGGGACACCGCCAGUCCUGGGGGCCAGCUUGAGAGAACACCCUCCUUCACUGCUGAAUGGGAGGAGAUUGAUAAGAUAAUGAGCUCCAUUGGGGCUGGCAUCAGCACUGGCACGAGCUCAGAAGGGAUCAAGGAGAAUAAUGCAGGUCCCCGGUGCCCCAUGCAGUCUGUGGGCCAAUGGCUGGACAGCAUUGGACUGGUCCAAUACGAGAACCACCUACUGGCUAACGGCUUCGACAACGUGCAGUUUAUGGGCAGUAACGUGGUGGAGGACCAGGACCUGCUGGAGAUCGGGAUCCUCAACUCAGCCCACAGACAGAGGCUGCUACAGGCCAUACGCCUACUGCCCAGGGUGCGUCCUAUUGGCUAUGACGGUAACAACCCCACGUCAGUGGCUGAGUGGCUGGAGUCUCUGGAGCUGGGAGACUACACUAAGUCCUUCCUCAUCAACGGAUACACCUCCAUGGAACUGGUCAAGAAGAUCUGGGAGUUAGAACUCAUCAAUGUGUUGAAGGUCAGUCUGAUAGGACACAGGAAGAGAAUCCUGGCCUCGCUGGGAGACAGGCUUCACCAAGACCCUCCACAGAAACCCCCACGGGCCAUCUCCCUACGGGAGCCCGGUGGCUGCAACACCCCUCCCCAGAUCCUUCCGGGCCAGGCUGCGUACACUACGGCGGGUGUCCCAGGGGGCUCGUUGGACGUGCAGCACCUCAUCAUGCAGGCGGACGCACGGCGCCGCCAGCGCUCCAACGACAACUACUUAGAGGAGAUGCCUCGCUCCAAACUGGAGCGGCAGAUGGCCCAAGUCAGCAUGCAAGGCGAAUGGUGCGAGCCAAUCACGUUGCGUCCUCCCAACGAGGCCACCUCGUCCACUCCAGUGCAGUACUGGCAGCACCACCCUGAGAAACUCAUCUUCCAGUCGUGUGACUAUGAAGCUUAUUACCUGGGCUCCAUGCUGGUGAAAGAGCUGAGAGGAACAGAGUCAACACAAGACGCCUGCUCCAAGAUGAGGAAGUCUACAGAACAGAUGAAGAAAGUCCCGACCAUUGUUCUGUCCGUCUCCUACAAGGGAGUCAAGUUCAUCGACGCUACAAACAAGAACAUCAUAGCUGAGCAUGAGAUCCGUAACAUCUCAUGUGCGGCCCAGGAUCCUGAGGAUCUGUCCACGUUUGCCUACAUCACCAAAGACCUCAAGUCCAGCCACCACUACUGCCAUGUCUUCACUGCCUUCGACGUGAACCUGGCGUAUGAGAUCAUCCUGACCCUGGGCCAGGCCUUUGAAGUAGCCUACCAGCUGGCCCUGCAGGCCAGGAAGAGUGGCCAUGGCUCCUCCACACUGCCAGAGAGCUUCGACAUCAAGCCCAACAAGCCCGUCCCCAAGCCCCGCGUCAACAUCCGCAAGUCUGUGAGUAAUGACACUAGUUUAUACCCUCCGUUUAACCUUUACCCUCUACUGCAACUUCCAUCACGAUCUCUCACCUUUGUGGUCUGUUGUGUGUGUGUGUGCAUGUGUGUCUUGGCCACACUGAGCUUGUAGUGUAGGUCGGAGGUG